AGAACACAUUCUAUUAUGCACCAAACCGAAGAGACCUCAUUUAUGAUUCAAAUUGGUUAAUUAAACCAGUCAGAAUUUUUGAUUGCCUUGUCUCGUUUGCAACAUUCAUGAAGAAAAAAUCUCAACAGUUUCUCACCUCCAGUUUGUCAAUCUGCCAGCUAAAAGACAAUCACACUCUGAGUUGCAUAGAAGAAAAGUUACAUCUGUUACUUCUAUAUGCAUGUCUUCAGUUGGUAAAACCGUUCAUUUCGUUAAAGAAGCUCGUGUCGAGCAGUCUCACACGUACGACACAUGCCAAACUUACAAGAAAUGGAUUACUUGCAUACUUCGCUGGAGAAUUGUGCAAUCUGUGGCGUCCCCUGUACCUCCAGUUGUGGCGCUUGCAAGAAAGUUGGUUACUGUUCCAAAGCACAUCAGCAAAAUCACUGGAAAUCACAUAAACUUCAAUGUUUCCCACUCGUAGUGCAGCAAAAUGACGUGUUGGGGAGAUAUUUGGUCACGACGAGGGAUGUCAAGCAAGGUGAAGUGAUCUUGAAGGAAACCCCCAUAUUUUCUGGACCUCAUUUAGGUGACGCUAGUGCAGUAGAAUCCUGGACGACGAUAGUCUGUCUAAGCUGCUUCCGGAUUGUUCCGACAAAUUACAAGUGUUCAAAAUGUCACUGGCCUUUGUGUGGAGUUACUUGCGAAAAAGACGAACAACAUGCACAAUCUGAGUGUAAAAUUUUUGCGGAACGAAACAUUACUCCCGACACAUUCUUUGAGACAACUCCUGAUUAUUUCGUUUAUGAAGGGGUGACGGUUCUACGGGGGGUUUUGCAAAAGGCUCAGAAUCCGGCGAAAUGGUCUAAAAUAUUAGAAUUGCAAUCUCAUGGGGAAGAAAGGAGUAGAGUUGAACAUGCUCGACAACAGAAAAAUUCUGCCAUCCGGUUUGUGAGACAGGUGUGUGGACAGAGUCAGUGCCAAGAGGAGGAAAUUGACCAUGUCUUGGGAGCGAUCGGAGUAAACGCUUUCGUAUCAGACGAUGGAGUAUCUCAAGCCCAGCUUUAUAGGAAUGGGACUUAUCUUUAUCAUAUUGCCAGUAUGCCAGCCCAUAAUUGUGUUCCUAAUUCGAGCUGGAUUAUUCAACUGAAUUCGGAUUUUCAUUUGCGGGCCGCAGUGCCCAUUAAAACAGGAGAAAGCGUAAAUUUUCUCUACACAGAAGCAACCCUUCCAACUUCUGAGAGACGAAGGAAACUGAAGGACAACAAAUACUUUUUGUGCGGGUGUCCACGAUGUAUGGAUUCGUCCGAAUUGGGGACGUAUUUUUCGUCGCCAAAAUGUACAGAGAAAAAUUGCACUGAUGGCAAUCUUCUACCAACCUAUAAUUUGCAAACAAUGGAUGUCAGUUGGUGUUGCGAACUAUGCUCGUCUAAGAAAUCGCCAGAAUUUGUGCAUUCCCUACUUGCCAAAGUUGAUAAAGAAACAUCGCUCGUGGAUCAAGAUGAUAGUUUCUCAUCUAUCGAGAAACUAAUUAAAAUUAUCAACAAGUAUUCUGGAGUUGUCCUGCAUCCAAAUAAUUUUAAAAUCCAUGAUAUUGAGAAUGACGUACUACAGCGCGUUUCUUUUCUAUUAAUGCAACAUUCAAGAGCACGGAAAAAUCAGUUUGGAAGUAACGAAAUAAAAUGGGCUACAAAAUUGGUGGAAUUGAGCAGAAAGAGUUUAUCCAUUUCUGAUAAAAUUUGGCCCGGAUUUAAUCGUCAUCGAGGUCGUCUCUUAUAUUUCUUACAACAAGGCUUAACUAUAAAGAUGUCGGUUGCUGUCUCGAAUAAGAAAUCUAAAGGGAAAUCUCUGCAAGAUUUAUCAUUGUUAAAACAAGAUCUCCAAGAAAUACAAAGAAUUCGACAAGAAGUAUUGGGAAUAUUUUCCAUUGAGCCGGAAGGAAGGGAAGAAAGCUACAUUGCAAAAGCCAUGAAAGACGAUUCUCCAGAAAUGCUGCAUUUAAAUAGUCUUUUGCUACAACAGUAAAACAUUAAUUCAAAUUACUCGACCGAGUAUAUAUUUCAAACUUAAUUAUCGAUUGAAAGUAAUCUGUAAUAAAUUCAACUUGUUACUCUUUGAAAUUUCUUAUGUAUUUAUUCCUUGAAAUUCCAUUACCAAAUGCUACACUUAAAUAUAUCUAUAAAUGGUUGAAUAAAUAGGUGUUGUUUAA